AUGCCUGACCUUGCCAGGGACUGGAGGCGUAGGGGAGCCAUUGGGGGUAAGGACCCAGGUGAUGAGCAACCCUCGGAGAGGCAGAGACGAUUCUCCUCUGAGAUCCAGAACCCAGACAGCGCAGAGACAGACAGUGAACUGACAGUGGCCCCCACGCCUGAACAGCCUGAGGGAGGGGUCCACUUUGUGAGCACAGCCCCAACCCUGAAACUGCUCAACCAUCACCCGCUGCUGGUGGAGUUUCUGCAGGAUACCGACGCAAAAGAGGAGGAGCUGAAGCCUGUUCCCUUCCCAAAUCGGAGGGUGGUCCCCUUCCAGCCUGAUGCACCAGCACUCUUCAUCCCCAGCCCUCUGGCCCAUCUGGCCCACCAAGACGACCGUCCCCUCUUUACCAAUCCCACCCCUGCCAUGGCUCUGGGCCCCACGUACAACCCGGGGAGGGACAGGGCCCAGAGUCCAGAGCCUGCGUGGCCCACUCUGCCCAUUACAACGGCCCCCCAGCCAGGGCCGGGAGUAGCUGUCCCAUCGUUGGCCCGGGCUGAAGUGCCCGUGACAGCCCCUUCCCGAAGUACGUGGAUGGUGACCCACGACAUGCCCAUGGACUUGGCCCAGCCGUGGGUCCCAGAGGUCGUGCCCCCUCAGGCCAGAGAACCAGGGGCAGGGAUUCCUGCCACCACUACUGCUUCGGGGGACGACGAGGAAACUACCACCACCACCAUCAUCACGACGACCACCAUCACCACCGUGCAGCCGCCAGCUCCUUGUAGCUGGAAUUUCACAAGGCCUCAGGGCUCUCUGAACUCUCCAGAAGGACCCAGUUCAUCGGAUGACAACAGCCUGGAUUGUUUCUACUAUAUCACGGUCUAUCCUGGCUAUGGUGUAGAGAUUAAGGUCCAGAACAUAAGCCUGCUGGAGGGUGAGACAGUGACGGUUGAAGGUAUGGGAGGCCCUGAGCCAUUGCCCCUGGCCAACCAAUCAUUCCUGCUCCCAGGCCAGGUCAUUCGAAGCCCCACCAACCAGGUGGCCAUGAGGUUCCAGAGCCUCCUGCCAUCCUCAGGACCUGGGACCUUCCACUUCCGAUACCAAGCUUACCUGCUGAGUUGCAGCUUUCCUCAGCGCCCAGCCUAUGGGGACGUGGCCGUCACGAGUCUUCACCCUGGUGGCAAAGCCCGCUUCCACUGUACAACCGGCUACCAGCUGCAGGGUGCCAGAGUCCUCACUUGUCUCAAUGCCACCCGGCCCUUCUGGGACUCCCGGGAGCCCACCUGCAUCGCUGCAUGUGGAGGGGUGAUCCGGAAUGCCACGACCGGCCGCAUUGUGUCCCCCGGCUUCCCGGGGAACUACAGUAACAACCUCACCUGUCACUGGCUCCUGGAGGCUCCGACAGGGCAACGUUUACACCUCCACUUUGAGAAGGUCUCCCUGGCAGAGGAUGACGACAGACUCAUCAUCCGAAAUGGAGAUACGCUAGAGGCUCCCCCUGUGUACGACUCCUACGAGGUUGAAUAUCUACCCAUUGAGGGCUUGCUCAGUGCCAGCCGCCAUUUCUUCGUGGAGCUCACUACAGACAGCAGUGGGGCGGCAGCAGGAGUGGCACUGCGCUAUGAGGCCUUUCAACAGGGCCACUGUUAUGAGCCCUUCGUGAAAUACGGCAACUUCAGCAGCAGCGCCGCCUCCUACCCCGUGGGCACCACCGUGGAGUUCAGCUGCGACCCCGGCUAUACCCUGGAACAGGGAUCCAUCAUCAUCGAGUGCGUUGACCCCCAUGACCCCCAGUGGAAUGAGACUGAGCCUGCCUGUCGAGCUGUGUGCAGCGGGGAGAUCACAGACUCCGCUGGCGUGGUGCUGUCACCCAACUGGCCGGAGCCCUAUGGCAAGGGACAGGACUGCAUCUGGGGUCUGCACGUGGAGGAGGAUAAACGUAUCAUGCUGGAUAUCCGUGUGCUUCGGAUCGGCCAAGGAGACGUGCUGACCUUCUACGACGGGGAUGAUCUAACUGCCCGGGUGCUGGGACAGUACUCGGGAACCCACAGACACUUCAAGCUGUUCACCUCCAUGGCAGACGUCACCAUCCAGUUCCAGUCAGACCCCGGGGCCUCUGCCGUGGGCUACCAGCAGGGGUUUGUCAUCCACUUCUUUGAGGUGCCCCGCAAUGACACGUGCCCAGAGCUGCCCGAGAUCCCCAAUGGCUGGAAGAGCCCAUCCCAACCCGAGCUGGUCCAUGGCACUGUGGUCACCUUCCAGUGCUACCCUGGCUUUGAAGUCACUGGAGUCAACACCCUCAUGUGCCAAUGGGAUCUCACCUGGAGUGAAGACCUGCCCACCUGUCAGAGGGUAACUUCGUGCCACGACCCCGGGGAUGUGGAUCAUAGCCGUCGGCUCAUCUCCAGCCCCAAGUUUCCAGUGGGUGCCACCGUGCAGUAUAUCUGUGACAAGGGCUACGUGCUGACAGGAAGUGCCAUCCUUAGCUGCCAUGACCGCCAGGCAGGCAGCCCCAAGUGGAGUGACCGAGCCCCCAAAUGCCUCCUGGAACAGUACAAGCCAUGCCAUGGUCCUGGAACCCCUGAAAAUGGUGUCCGCAGCCCUGAGAAGCGGCUGUACCCACCAGGCGCCACUCUCCACUUCUCCUGUGCCCCUGGUUACGUGCUGCAGGGAGAGGCCAGCAUCAAGUGCGUGCCUGGACAUCCUUCACAAUGGAGUGACCACCCACCCACCUGCAAGGCUGCCUCUCUGGAGGAGUUCUACAGUGGUCGCAGCUUGGAUGUUGCCAAGGCCCCCACUACCACAAACUCUCUGGAUGCCGCUCACGUGGCAGCUGCCAUCUUCCUGCCUCUGGUGGCUAUGGCAUUGCUGAUGGGAGGCAUUUACCUCUACUUCUCUAGGGUCCAAAGGAAAAGUCCACUGCAGCUGCCUCUGGCUCAGCCCCGUCUCUAUGACCACAUCACUGUGGAGUCUGCUUUUGAUAAUCCUACCUACGAGACUGGAGAGACGAGGGAAUAUGAGGUCUCCAUUUAG